GCACGCACACACACACACACACGCACACAUUUCCCUGUCAACACAAUACUCAACACAUAGCUGACGGACAGGGAGAGGAGCAUAGUUCCAUGUCCUAUUUUGUUAUUCUUUCACAUCAUGUUAUUCUGUCUCUCCCUGACAGAAUGUCUGGUCAUGGGGACGAGACUGCAAAUGGUCAGCGAUUUGGAGCAGGUUGUCAUGUUAAAGCCAGGAUCAUGCCAAAGGAAUAGAUGGAUAGACAGACAGAUAGACAGAGAGACAGAUUGUGCGGCUUCUCGGUAGAUGAAGAGAGACAGGUGGUGUGACCUACAAAAACAAUGAGGCAAUAAACCAAUGCAGAAUUGUAAUUUGAUCCUGAAAUAGUUUAGAUUUGUCAUUUAGGUCUACGACGGGAACCCACAUUUUAUUUGUAGGUAGGAAUGCUUUGCAAAUAUUAAAAACCGUCAGUGGAAUCUGAUAUAUGUACUGCAUUGCUAUAAAGUGUUUAUUAUGUGGGUUAAGAGGUAUAAUAAAUACUAGACUGCACAAAAUUACUACAAAUACUACAAAUACUGAAUAGCCAGAUUCAAAACGGUUCAACGUACACAACACAGAUGUCAGAUGGAUGUAUUAUGUUGGUUGGAAAUGAUGUAUGUGCCAGGUGCUAUGUAUGUGCUAGGGCCUAGUGUAUACAUAGCCUGGCAUACUGACUCACACAUUAAUGGUGUGUUCGAGAUGCAUCGUACACCACCCGCACUAGUGGCAGAUGGGAAAUCUGAAAUCUCCCAGCUUUCAUGUGAAAUUUCAUCGAAGCACGCCCCCUUUUUACCUGUCCCACUCGUCCUUCUGAGAGUCCAACGAGUUCAGUGAGGUUGACCGUACGACUCGACAAACGAAUAUCGUGACGAGUUGUUUUUGUAUUUGUAUCACGUUGAUCGUUUUAAUGUCGAUUUGAAAUGCUCCUACACAUUUCAUUACAUUGCUGCUUUAAUCUGGCCACCAAUUUAUGCAUUGCACACAUUUUGCUGUUUUUGCAACACAAUGCCAAGUUUUGUUGUUUGUUUUCGAGCUGGUUUGCUAAAGUGGGUAAUUUAGCUAACAAUAACAAUGUCUAGCCAAUGACUGUUCUUACCUAACUCGUUGUGUAGCGAUACUACACUUACUAAUUUGUGCGGGUGGUGUACGAUGCAUCUCGAACCCACCAUUAGCCUAGGCUAAUGGUGGCCCGGCAUCGCACAGCUUUAGACUAGCAGCUAGGUGGUCCACAAGCACACUCCUUUAGCCCGGCCACUAAGCUAAAGUUGGCCAACCAGCUCACACCUUUAGCCUAGCAGCUAGUUUUCAUACCAUCUUAACCCUUCAGCCUAGCUGCUAGGCUAAAGAUGGCAAACCACUUCACACCUUUAGCUUAGAAGCUAGAUGGCCUACCAGCCAACCCCUUUAACCUAGUCGCUAGGCUAAAGGUGGCCCAACAGCUCACACCGUAAGCCUAGCAACUAGGCUAACGGUUCAAAGCUGUAAGGUCCGCCUGCAGGUGCAACAGCACCCUUUUGACACCAGCAGGGCUGAGAUCAUAGGUGCAAAGUGGGAGGAAUCUAGCGAGCGGUGUGUUUGUGUGUGUCUGUGUGUGUGUGCGCAUGUCCCCCUAUGCUUGUGUCCGUCAACCAGAAGAAAUGACUGAGCACAGCAACAGCUGCGACAAACUGCUUGAACAAGGUAUUAGUUGGCAUCCGACACGCACAGGCGUAUGAGCAUACACACACACUCACACACACACACACACACACACACACACACACACACACACACACACACACACACACACACACACACACACACACACACACACACACACAGACACACACACACACACACACACACACACACACACACACAGAUUUCCCGGGGAGCCAGUUCUCUCUCUGCUGUAGAUGCAUCAGAGCUGUUCCUACUGAGUUGUACGUCAGUCCUCUUUUCCUUUCCAUGUAAACCAGUGAGACAUUUCAAUUUUUUUUUCUGUGUUUCCACCCGCUUUUUCCAAUUGCUGUUAUGGCUGGUGGACUAAAUUGCUGUUUGAGCCUUGAACAAAGAAUUUUUUUAAACCCACUUUUAACAACCAAAUUCUUACUUGGCAGGCUGUAUUUGUGAAGUGGAACCUGAGGGAGGUGUUAUUUUUCCGAUUAAGCCUACACUUAAUCGAGUUACAAUUGAGUAAUGUUUUUUGAGGGGACUUUAUAGCCAUCUCCUCUCUCAUCUGUAUCAGCCAUUGCUGCCAAUUCUGAGAACUUUAAUCACUUCAUCAGCUCUGAUUGCGGUUCGCCAUGUUGGAGCCUCCAGCACACCUUUGUGUUGACCCCGCCCCCUUUAGGGCUCAACCAAUGGGGAACGGUAUGGAUAAACGAGCCAUACGGCAGGCCUGUCAGAGCAUCAGACAAGUCCUCCAGCUGAAGCUUCAGCAGAGGAGGUCCAGACAGGAGCUGAUCAACCAGGGGAUCAUGCCUCCAUUAAAAGGUUCAGCAGCCUUCCAUGAUCACAGGAGAAGCCUGGAGCGAGCCCGCACGGAGGACUUCCUGAAGACCAAGUUCCGCUGCCGUCCAGAGCGAUCGGAGCUAAUCAGGAUGCACAUCCUGGAGCAGACACGUGCGGAGCCCUGCCUGCAAGCCACGCAGCUGCAGCUGAAAAGGGCGCGCCUGGCCGAUGACCUCAACGUCAAGCUCUCCCACCGUCCCGGGCCUAUGGAGCUCAUCCACAAGAACAUCCUCCCCGUCCACUCCAGCAUCAAGCGGGCCAUCAUAGACUUCCCCAAGGCGUCGGGCGAGAGCUCAUCCUUCGACGAGGACAGUAGUGGCAGUCUCUCCCCGGAGCCGCUCUGCUCCCAGGAACUCCCCGAGGCUCCGGGACCUCUGCUGUCUCCCCUGGGAAGCCUUACACCCUCCCCCACGCAGUUCCUCAAUCAGGUCCCGCCAUCAGCCUCUUCUAUCCCGACCAAACCCGCCUCCACCACGAAUCUGACCAAUGAAACGGCAGCGCUGCCUCCUCACAGAGAUCCCAGUCCAACAUCAAUGAAGUCCCAGCAUAAGAUGACCUCUUUGGCCUACAGACCCAAGAAGCUCAAGGACCAGCCCAAGAUCAGGAAGCUGAAGUACCACCAGUACGUCCCGCCGGACCAGAGGGGCGGCAAGGAGCCCCCCGCUACCCCCCAGCUGGACUCGUCCUACGCCAAGCUGCUCCAGCAACAGCAGCUCUUCCUACAGCUGCAGAUUCUCAGCCAGCAGAAGCUCCAGCAGAAACUACAGCAGCAGCAGAACCAUAACACCAACAGCGUCAACUACGCCACCAUCCUCCCUGCCAGGCCCAAGGAUCACCAGUCACCCCCGGCCACCUCCUCUUCCUCCUCCUCUUCCUCCUCCGCCAUCAUCCCCACCUCUGCUACCGCCCCCUCCUCCCCACCCAGAAACCCCAGUGCUCCCCCUGCCAGCCAGAGCACUCUGACCCACCUGAGGGCUGCCUCGGCUGGGGAGACCAUGCCCCAGACUCUGCCCUCCAACCUGGAUGAGAUGAAGGUGGCGGAGCUGAAAGCGGAGCUGAAGCAGCGUCACCUGACCGUCUCGGGCACCAAGAGCGACCUCAUCGAGCGUCUCAAGGCCUAUCAGGAGCUGCACGCCGCGGCAGGCAUGGGCGGGGGCAUUGUCCCGGGCACCCCCUCCGCCACCAUCACCCUCACCGUCCCCUCCCCCUCCUCACUCCUGCCAGCAGGGGGAGCCGCAGAGCCAGAGGCCCGGGGCGUGGGUGGAGGAGCUCUCGGUAACCCUACACCACCACCACCCCCAUCCCAGCAGGGACACAUCCAUCCAUCUCCUGCUGCAGCUCAUUGGACUGUCCCAGGCUCUAGCACCAGCCCCUCCCUCAGCCACACUGCGACCCCACUACCACCACCACCACCACCACCACCACCACCACCACCACCACAGCAAGUCAUGACCUUUGGCUGCCUCCACCCCUCCUCUCCUGUUUCUCCAUCACCUCACGCCGGCUCUCCGUCUGCCAUGAGUCCAGAGAACGACUACACCAACACCACCACCAAUGGGCUGGACGAGAUGUCGAGGUCCCCUCCAGUGCAGCGGUGCCUCCACACCCAUGCUCCCGUCGCCACCAUCAAAGAAGAACCCACUUCCUGUCUCCCUACGGCCUACUCCACCCAGAAACUCUUUGUGUACUCCCCCACCGACUCCAAUGCAGCGUUCUCUCCUCCCAGCAGUACCAUGGCGGCCGCCACUAUCCCCGCGUCGAUCAGCACUCCUACUCUGAGCGCCCGCAGUGGUGCGGGCGCUCAGAGUGCGACGGGGAGCGGGGCGACCGCCUCGCCCUGCGGGGACCGGGACAGGAUGCUGCGGGACAAGGACCGGCAGAUUGAAAUGCUGACCCGGAUGCUGAACCAGAAGCAGAGGCUGGUGGAGCUGCUCCGGAUGCAGCUGGAGCAGGGCAACCGAGGAGGCCGGCUAGGUGGUGGUGGGGGUGGCGGUAGGGCAAAGGUUCCAGAAGCCAAGGUCCUCCUCCAUAUCAAGAAGGAGCCCGGCGAGACCUCCCCAGUCUGCCUCGCUUCCCCGCCAGACCACCAGCCCCUGAGGUCGGGGCCUCCCCACGCGACGCCGCACCGCGUGGCGGUCAAGCAGGAAAGCGCGGCGGCGACGGACGUCAUGGAGACGCAGCUGCCGCCGUGUCCCGCGGGGGGGCCGUCCCUCGCUGCCUUCCCCACCCUGGGUCCUGGGGGUCCCCCGGGACCUGGAGGCCCUCCGGACGGGUCGGGAAACCACGCCAACGGGCCCGAGCAGCAGACACGUCUGCAGCAGGCGGCGCUCCAGCUGGCCCAGCAGAGGGCUAUUCAGAAGCUCCUCCUACAGCCAAAGAACCAACAGACCCAGCAGCACUUGCUUCAGAGCCCCGGCCAACAGAACCAGCAGAACCUCCAGCAACGCUCCCAGCAGAGGAAGAAGAAGUCCCACAAGCAGCAGCUCAAACAACAGCAACAACAACAACAACAACAACAACAACAACAGCUACUUUCUCAAUCACAGCCACAGCAGCAGCAGCAGCAGCCACAGCCCAGGCAGAGCCAAACCCAGCCCAAGCAACAGGUGCCGCUGAGGCCGCAGCAGUCAGUGAGGCUGCAGAGUUGCACCCAGCAGCAGCAGCAGCAGCCGAUGCAGCAGACAGCGGCGCCGCGGUGCCACCAGAGCCCCAUUCAGGCCAAGGUUCAACAGUUGCUGCACGCCAAGCAGCAGCAAACGCUGGUGCAACAGACACCACAGCAGGAGAAUCAGGGUUCUCAACUUCUCCUCAACCAGCAGAAUGGCUCCGCCACCUCCUUCAACCUGGACUACCUGAAUACGGUCGUAUCCCCGGCCCUGCUUACCGACGGCAACGGAAACCACUUCCUGGUUGCACUGACCAAUCAUGUGUCCGAGUUACAAAAGACCAGCCCAUCAGAAAACAUUGCAACCACACAAAACACUCCAAAGGGACUCCAAGCUACACCUUGGCUCCCUGGCCAGUUAGCUCCUCAGCCAGAUUGUCCUCACAACCAAUCAGAAGACAGGACAUACCCAGGGUCCUUAAAAGUACCAAACAGAAAGGACGUGGGACCUGAAGUUGCAAUCGACCAAUCCCAGCAGGAGGGCAUCCAUUCCCUGUCAUCAUUCUUUGACAAUGAGACUUUGGAGAAAGACGCGUUGUUACCCUCGGUAAAAACGGAGGAGGAGGAGGAGGUGUUCUCAGUCCUGGACCACAGCCUCCUGUUCAGCCCUCUGUCUCCAGCCUCUCUGAGGACGCCAGCCUCCUCUCCUGGUUACAGAGAAAACCCAGACGACCUCUUCGACAUCCUGUUUCAAACCGGAGAAAUAUCAUCCUCCUUCAAACCCUCUCCAGACCCCUCCCUGGAUGGCCUGCACACCAGCCCCCCCCUUCCCCCUAUUCCUCCUCCUCUCUCCCCCCUACAGCGGGAGCUGUCCUCACCUGCCUCAACACCACCCUUCGACCACCUUCAUUUCCCACAUGCGAUAAACAAAGUGUUAUCUUAUCUUAACACUCGGCAACAUCCGACCUUAUGUCCCCAAGAGGUGCCUGGACCGGCCUCUAACACAACCCCCAUCCCCUCCUCCAUCACCAUCAAAGAGGAAACACUGGUGGAAGAAGAGGAGGAGGAGGAGGAGGUGCGGGGAGCCUUCCACAGCAGCGGGCGCUUGGAGGACUUCCUGGAGAGCGCCACGGGGACCCCCCUGCUGGGGGCGGAGCCUGGCAGCCCGUUGACCUUGAUUGACGACCUCCACAGCCAACUGCUGAGCUCCUCCAGCCUCCUGGAGCACCCGCCCUCCCCCAUGGACACCUUUGACCUGCACGGCUGCCUGGCCGACCCCCACCCUGGCCCGACUCGCUUCGAGGCCCCCGGGGGUCAGAUGGUGGACGUGAUGGAGUGGCUGGAUCUCACAAUGGGCACGGGGGAGGGGCUUAGCGAGGACACGCUCCCAACCGACUUGGCUCCGUUGGCCCCGCCCACGCCCGUAAGCGUCUUCUCCGCAGAUUUCCUCAACAUCUCAGACCUGCAGAUGGGAUGGGAUUCAUGCUUGUAAGGGAGCAGCACUUGCAACAGUCAAUGGGGUCCUCGGAGAAGGCCUGUGAUUCGCUGUGUUGUCAAUCAUCUCGGCCAAUCAAUGUUAAUGAUUUGUGUCUCAUACAGAAAGUAAGUCAAAUUACAUAUUUUCCUACUGUAUAAAGUUCAAGUUGGACCUGUUUCUUGUCCUAUUAUAACUGUAAAUCUUAAUUCCCAAAAUUGAGGAGUGCAAAACUAUGCAACCAUUCUAUGUAAACGUAUCUCACUAGUUUGUUUCUAGCAGAAGUCAGAAUGGUUCCACUGCCAUCACUUAUGGAGUACCGCCCAUAUAUGGACAGUCCUUUUUCAGGUCUUCUGUACAGGAACACAUGCAGGAGAAUAUAAAACGUUGAAUCACAAUAGUUGGUCUGUACCUUUCAGUAAAGCAAUAUCAUGCACUCGAUUAUGCAAUGUCUGACAAUACUUUUCAGGCAGGUUCUACGGUCCUUAAUCAGAUUAAUUAGUAGUGACUUUACAGAAAUGAUUCAUGUUGGAGUUUGAAAGGGCCCCAAAACUUCAGGUCACAUUCAGACAUUUCAAUACAGCGCCAUUAACCUUUUCUAAUUUCCUUUCAGGAAAAAACAGCUCAUCUUGUUAGAAAUGCAGCAGCGUCAGCACUCUUGAUGAUUGCCUAAGACAAGGCCUUAUCCUUGGCAAGUUUUAAAUGCAGACAGGAUGUGUGGUCUGUGUGAUUAUAAGUCCAAUUUUCGUGUUUAACUCAGCUAUCGAUUGAUAAUCUACAUUUAGGACUCUUAUCAGUUGGUUUGUUAUCCACAAAUGCUCCCUAACGGACUGGUUGUGGAGGCUUGAUAUAUUUCAGCCUAUUUGCACUUUCCUCCCACUGUCAAUCAAAUGACGUCAAACAGCUUUAACACACAAAGUUUACAAAGGAGAACACCAAAGUCCUCAAUGGGUUCAUGGGGUAUCAAUACUGGGUUGUUGAAAAUAGCUGCCACAGUCACACCAGUGCAGUUUUACAAUGUAGCCAUAAGCCAUAAGAGUGGAAAACUCUGUGUUUAACUUGUGUUGUAUUUUAUCUUCAUUAACAGUGAAUGUAUCACAAACAAUACAUAAUUACAAACGUAUUAUGGAAAGGAAUCAAAUUUAGCGAGAGACCUUUUAUAAUUUGAUACAUUCAUUUACUAAGUUAUUAACCUGCAAAACUUUUGAUCAUAUGUAUCAUUUGUUUUUUUCAUGCUUAUUCGUUUGCAUUUUGGUAAAUUAUCCCGAUGAUUAAAAUGACCGCAAAGUUAAUUCUUUGUGAAGCAGAAGGAUUUCGUUUUAUGAGCAUCAAGCUUUUGCAGCCAGAAUAUAUUUUUAGCAUGCCAUCAUUUAAAGCUCAUGGUCUUACUUAAUUAUUACUGAUUAUGCAAUUUAAUUCUCCUGAAUGUAAAAAAAUAAAGAAAAAAUAGCACAAUAGGGUUUUCGUUCAUGAACUUAAAUCUUACACAGAAUGGUGCAUGCUGUAAAAUACAAAUAAAUAUUUUAUGUUGAUAGGGUGCUGCUUAUUUUUACCACCAGAUUUGUGGUUUCACUGUGUGUGUGUGUGUGCGUGUGUGUGUGUGUGUGUGUGUGUGUGUGUGUGUGUGUGUGUGUGUGUGUGUGUGUGUGUGUGUGUGUGCAUGCGCACGCAUGUGUCAUUAAGUUACACACACACGACAUGCCCACACACACCCCAUACAAAAAUAGAGAUAGCAAAGGAGGGUAUAUAUGGCGUUUUACCCAUGCUGUAUUUUUGUAAAACACUUAAUUCGUAUGUAUUGUAAUAAUCUAGACAAUGUCUGUUCUUGUACUGCAUCAGUACUUUUGCCAAUGUGUUCUCCAUGGACUAUCCUCUCACAAUGGCCUUACAUGAUGCAAUCUCACUGAGUUUGCGAAACUUAAACAAAUCCUUGUGGUUGUGAAUUGUGUUAUAUAGAGAGUAGAUGCCUAUAUAGAUGGAUGAAAAUGCACUGUAGAAAUAUUGGUAUACUAUAAUGUAUUGUAUUUAGGACUAAUCUGUGAAAAACAAAUAAUCGUUUGUUGCUAUUUUCUGUGCUAUACAAAGUUGUGUCUCUCACCAAGUUAAACAUGCCGUUUUGGAUCAUCUGUAAAUGCAUACAUGGGUGGAUUUGAGGUUGUUGGUCGUUUUCUGGAACAAACCAGGGUUUCAUGGAACUGAAAAUAAUCACAAACAUUUUCAAGUAUAAAUCUAGGUUCUAGCUCCUCCUCUACAUCAAAGGCUUAUUGGCCGGAGCCCAAUUCAUGCAGCUAAUGUUGUACCAACCUAGCUUAUCCAGGGAACUAUGCUCGUUUCUAGUUGGCAAGAUUUUUUCUUUUCUUUUUUCUUUCUCUAUCCUUUUUGUCU